AUGUAUAUAAUUUCAGAUGAAGAAAUAGCAUAUUCUAAUAGCAUAUAUAGUGAAGAAAUAGAGAGUGAAGAAAAUAGUGAUAAUCAGUCAAAAUAUAUUGAAAGAGAGAACAGUAUUGAUUUAAGUGAAAAUGAAUUAGUAUUAUUUAAAUAUGUUUGUAUAGCAUUGAUAGAUGGUGAAGAUAUUUUAUUGAAAUAUAGUCUUCUUAAUCAUGAUUUAGACAUUUCUACUAAUAACAUAAUUAAGAAAAUAUUGAUAGCUUCAAAAAAAAAAUUAAGUUAUAGUAGCAAAAAAAUCCUUAAUUGGGACAAUAGAAUUAUUUAUUUUAUAAUAUGUAGUGAAAAGAAAUUAGCUUUUUUCUUAAUUAGUUUAGAUAUUAAGGCUUAUUUUAAAAAUUAUGCAUUUGAAUUUUUGAGGAAAUUAGAAAUUUACACUAAAUCCGAAUUAUUUUAUAGCCCAAAUUACCUAUCUAGUAAUAUAAAUAGAUCAAAAGUAAAUACUAUUGAAUUAUUCAUGAAAAGAACAAUAAAUAAUCUUAAUAAGUGUUGUAAAAAUGAAAAAAUUAUUGCAGUAAAACAAAAAUUAAAUAAAAUUAAUUCAGUAAUGAAUAAUCAUAUAGACAAUUUAUACCAAUCUAGAGGGAAUAUCAAAGCUUUACAACAUAAAACAGAAAAUAUGUCUAAAAAUACAUUAAAUUUUGUACAAAAUACAAAAAAAUUAAAAAGAAUAAUGUUCUUAAAACACUGGAAAAGUUAUUUAAUUUUAGCUUGUUUUUUAAUUGUCGGCUUCAAGGUUUAUAGGUCUAUUUGA